AUGCCCAACACUGGAAGGCCCAGCCAGGACUGUCACCUGUGUCGUCAAAGACGUGUCAAGUGCGAUCUCGGACGACCCGGCUGCCAGCGGUGCGUCAAAUACCGCGUGGAAUGUCCAGGAUACAGAGAUCAACACGACCUGGUCUUUCGCAAUGCCAACCCAUCGACUGUCAAGAAGCGCAGGAAACGAGCGACGGCCAAGGAAGGAGAUCAAGAUGAUUCUAAAAGCCCCUCACCGGCUGGCACCAGAUCGAGCACGCCGGCUUCCCUUGUUAGCAACGGGGAAGCUACCUUCACCUUCGAUUCAAAAACAGAACUGCUUCCAUUGCCGGGCGAUACCGUCUCGACACCACUGACGACAAUUUCGCGGCCCUUGACAGAGCACUGGACAAAUCAUUCCGUCCCAAUCAUUCUCAACGUAUAUUCGACGCUCGACUUCCUCCACAACAUUUACCGAAUCAAUCCUCGGAACGGGCCGUUGGUCUGGGCUGCCCAUCUCUUCACCCGAACCUACGUGACAAACAUUCGGUACCCGGUUUCGGUAUACAAGGAGUCAGAAGUGGAAAACCAACGCGAGCUGGGCACGUACUUGGGAAAGACUCUGAGCGCCGUCAACACAGCACUUAAGGAACCUGAUGGUGCGUUUCGAGACGACGUGCUUGCCACAGUCUGUAUCCUGGCAAAUUAUGAGCUGCUGGUUGGCUCACUAGGUCGCAUGGAGCUACUGAGCCCCUGGCAUCUACAUACAAGAGGGCUUUACAGUAUACUCAAGACGAGAGGUACCGAACAACUUUUGACGGCGGAGGGGAGGACUGCGUUUUGGCCGUGUUAUAACAUGGUGCAAAUCCAAGCCCUGGUCAGCAACAUGGAAUGCCCGCCAGAGUCAGGCGAAUGGCUGGGCAUCAUACGAAACAACCUUUACGACGGCGAAGGUUUUACAUUACACAUAUCAGUCUUCAUCACGAAAUGCACACACGUUCAAGCUACCAUCCUCGAUUUGCUUCUUCGUCGCGAUUUCGCAGCCGCAGAAGAGCAGUACGAGUCACUUGUAGCACAGUUGGCCGAGGCCGAAAAGCACGUCAACAAUUACGUCAGGACGGCGACCGACAGUACCCACGACUUGGACGUCUAUAUGCGCAAUCUUUACUACUCGGCUAUCAUCAAGGGCUACAGCUAUCUCCUGAUGUUGGCCAACUUCCUGACGCACUACGCACCUUGCAGGAUAACACUGCAUCAGCUUCGAGCACAGCGCACUCACUGCCUUCAAAUGGUUCGAGCGGCCGGGCAAUUUAUAGUCGAUAGUGUUCCAUAUUCACUAGGCCCUCUGGCGGCCGGCAAGGACAAGUCGCCAAAGGUGUUAUUUGACGCCCUGAAGAUGGUUUGGCCACUCACAGCUGUUUAUAUUGUCGGGGCUACCCUUGCAGAACAAAAGAGCGAGGCUGAAGCUGCGCUACUUUUCAUUGGAAGAGAAGUUGGAGUCAGACAAGCGCUCAAUACGUACCCGGGGAAGCUACUGCUUCCGCUUGAGGCCCGCCAUCCGCUUGGAUUGGCUCCCGACGACGAUCCUACACCGCCCUUUACAGACAGAUAG